AAUCACUUGGGGUGGGCAGUGUUGUUUAGAGGGGAGGUUUUUUUUUGCUAGGUUACUCUGGGUACAAAACUGUGUUGGACUGUGGGCAGAGGUGCAGACUGAAGGUGCUGUGAACACCCUGUUGACCCUGAGCAACAUAUUGAGGAGAUAAACAUGGGCGUGUACAAUGAGCAAGGGGCAGCCAUCAAGGAGCCACAAUCUCGUGACAUGGUGAUCAAGGAUGGCAAAGGUGGUACUCCCUGCCACAGCACACCACAAAGUAAACUACCCCAGAAGGAUGUCGUCACUGAGAUGAUGUUUAUGGUGGGUGGAUGGACAAAGGAUGAUCCCUCUUGUCUGGUCGAACAGUUCUCUACUGAGUUUAACGAGUGGAGGACAGCCGCUCAUAUGGUUAAUCCGCGUGGCAACAUGGCUGUGGGGACCCUGGAUGGCAAGAUCUAUGCAGUCGGUGGAGAGGACAACGUCAGGUGUUACAGCAAUGUAGAGAGGUAUGACCCAGAUGCAGACAGCUGGAGUGCAGAUGUAGCACCCUUGGAUAGCCCCCGCAGUGGAGUGUGCGUGGUGGCGAUGGACGGAUACUUGUAUGCUAUUGGAGGACAUGAUGGGAUUACCGCCAUGAAUACUGUGGAGAGGUACGAUCCAAAAAUGAACGCAUGGAGCAAGCAAGUGCCGAUGCUGACGAGACGCAACAGAGCUGUGGCCUCUGUGCUGAAUGAUCGCUUGUAUGUGAUUGGAGGCAAUGAUGGCGAUUUGACGCUCAACUCAGUGGAGAAAUACAACCCUGAAGAUGGCACCUGGUCAAUAUGUGGCCAUAUGUCCACUCCCAGAGAGAACGCAGGCUGCACCGUGUACCUUGGGCACAUCUACGUGGCCGGGGGCAAAGACGACCUCGGCUUGAAUCUGUGCACAGUGGAGCGCUUCAACCCGGACACCAUCAGGUGGACUCCUGUCAAACGCUUGAGAAGCAAGAGAGACAAUGUGUCCCUUGUGGUGUUUGAGGGUGCUUUGCUGGCCGCUGGGGGUUCUGACGGUGUCACUGAUUUAAAAACAAUAGAAGUUUACAAUAAUGAAAGCAACACAUGGAGGACACACUGUGAUACACUUCAGCCCCAGCAGCAUAAUGAGUGA